GCCGCCUUGGCUCGGGGCCAUUCCCUUCUCCUCGCUGCCAUCCUCCCCCGGAGCCCGUGGCCACCUCCUACAGCACGCGUGUCGUCAGGCUUGGCGAGCCGAGCGUCGCGUCCCGGGACGCCCCUAGCCCAACCAGCCCGCCAGGCGUGCGCCGGGGGAGUCUCCCCGCACCCUUUCCUUUUCUGGGAGCUGGAGGGCCGGGCUCCGCCCCUUCGCCACAGCGAGCGAGCCCCCGCCGUCCCGGGCUGCCGCCGCUGACCCUAGACCAGCGCUCCAGCACUCUCAGGGCAGCCUGGGGCGGGGGCGGCAACCGGGGCGACGCGGAGGUGCUGUUUUGCGAAGUCGGUGGGAGCCAGUGAGACCUAGACCUGGGAGCGCAGUGGAGCGGGACUGCCCAAGGCCGUGACGGUGCGCGGCUGGCAUUGGCUCUGCAGGUUUGGGAGACCCCCUGAAGCGACCCAAAGGAGACCAGCAGGGGCUGAAAUGGGUCCCAGGAGGCAAGUGUGACCUUGGAGUGCAGCCCGCCAGCCUGACACCCAGUUGGGGAGAGAGAGCACGAUGGACAGCAUAAUUGAACAGAAGAGUGUGCUGGUGCACAGUAAAAUCAGUGAUGCUGGCAAGAGGAAUGGGUUAAUUAACACCAGAAACUUCAUGGCUGAGAGCAGAGAUGGCCUGGUGUCUGUUUACCCAGCACCACAAUACCAAAGCUGUCGUAUGGUAGGUAGUGCAGCACCAGCCAACCUGGACAGCAGCAGGAAUGAGCCGGUCCAGCAGCUGCUGGACCCCAACACUCUUCCGCAGUCUGUGGAGUCCCAUUUCCGUCCCAACAUCAUUCUCUACUCAGAGGGCGUGCUGCGCUCCUGGGGGGAUGGCGUGACUGCCGACUGUUGUGAGACCACCUUCAUUGAAGACCGGUCUCCCACCAAAGAGAGCCUGGAGUACCCUGAUGGAAAGUUCAUCGACCUUUCACCUGAUGACAUCAAAAUCCACACCCUGUCCUACGAAGUGGAAGAGGAAGAGGAAUUCCAGGAGCUGGAGAGCGACUACUCGAGUGACACAGAGAGUGAGGACAACUUCCUCAUGAUGCCCCCAAGGGACCACCUGGGCCUCAGCGUCUUCUCCAUGCUCUGCUGCUUCUGGCCUUUGGGCAUUGCAGCCUUCUACUUGUCCCACGAGACAAACAAAGCCGUGGCCAAGGGAGACUUCCACCAGGCCAGCACUAGCUCCCGGAGGGCCCUGUUCCUGGCUGUGCUAUCAAUCACAAUCGGAACUGGCAUCUAUGUGGGUGUGGCUGUGGCCCUCAUCGCCUACCUCUCCAAGAACAACCACCUAUGAGCUUUCUCCAGGCGCAUAGGGGAAAAACCUGGGGCCAGUCGUGUGCAGAUGCACAGAAGGCAGGGCUGGCAAGGGGUAGACACAGAGGUAGACACACCUGAGUGAUGCUGUACACUAUAAGUUAUUGCCAAACAACCGGGGAUUUUCUACCCAUGGGUUUCUUUUGUUUUUACCCUUUAAUUUCAUUUUCACAGCACUGUGUAGAGCACGAGACACAUGGCCACUGCUGGUCCUUCCAAAGGGAAGCUCCAAAGAUCCUGACCCACAAGGCCGUCAGUGGAUGGAUUAUGGUGGAUUUAUGACAGUGCAACUCUCUCUGCAGCCUGCCAGUGCCUGGAAUGACAUAGCAUUAGCAAUACACAAACAGUUCAAAUGUGUUUAAUUUUUAUGGAAUAUGGUGCAAUAGGCAGAGGGCAGAGGACACGUUACUUCUGUCUGUGGCCCUGCUUGAUUCCUCCAGCACUUUCUGUCCAUGAUCUUUCCCUGCAGGAUGCAAAUGGGGCUGGCAGAGAGACAGAACUAUGGGCAGGUCCCCCAGCUGCCACUGGUCUUCAGAUGGGUGCAGCCCUGAGAAUGCAAAUCCAGAUCACAUGAGGUCUGUCCCCAGGCCCAGUGGACACUCCUUCUGUGCUGCCCCCAGCUUAGGAACAUCGAGCCUCCUUUGGAACAUGUCCAAAAUCAGCAGCCACCAUGCAGCAAUAUGCAGUCUUGGGGCCUCGUUGACCUAGGGUGGGGGGGCAGUCCGCAGGCCCUCUCGGGACCCCUUCUGGAAAGAUCCCAAGGUUUGCUCCAAGAACUGGAGGCAAAGGAGCUGUGGACACCGUCUCAGCAUAAAGAUGCCUGUGCUGACACUCACCCUGGUGAUGAGCAGUGACACCAGUGACCUUUAAAAGGAAAUGAACCUUCCCUGUUGACUAAAUGAAUAGCUAUUUUCUUGUCAUUUUUUAAAGUGCAACUACUGCUUCAUGCUGCUUAAGUUAUCCAACGAAUGCUGAGAAAUAAGUAAUCAGACAUUUUAAUACCAUU